GGUCGGCCCGCUGCCGCAGCGCGGUUGCUGUUGCGGGCCGCGCCGCGCGCCCUCCUGUCCUGCGGAGCCGAGGUAGAUACCCGUUUCCAAUGGGUCUUAAAACCUUCUGGAAGGACUACAAGGUUCUGAUUGUUAUGGGCACUGCCCUUGGGCUGGUGCACUGGGGGUGGUUUCACAUCAAGUCCAGCCCUAUAUUCCAAGUGAAGACAGAGGAGGACUUUGUACCAGAACCUGGGAUUGUGUCAUACGUGAUGCGAAAUGAACACAAAAAUAAAGAAAAGUAGCAGUAGUGCUGUGUGUUAUGGGUAUAACUAACUCUGAAGCGUCUCGUCUGUGGGUGCUGUGAAAAGACAAGGAUGAAGACUAGGUGGAAUAGGAAGAACUUUCUGCUUGUAGCAGGACUGUCACUUAUAGGUGUCCAUAUUGGUAGCAUGCUGGUAAACUUAGUUGCAAAAAAAUCAGUCCAUUCACAUUCRGAAAUUAAAAAAGAUCGUCGUGAAUGAAAUAGCCUUCUGCUACAAUUAUAUAUUUGUCUCUCAAUAAUAUUUAAACCAGGUUUUAAAAGUUUUCUGGUGAACAGCUAAAUGAAUGUAAUUGUACUGUAUUACACUUAAAAUAGUAAUGCUUGCCUGUAAAGAAUAAAAAUGUAUCAUUUUAAAAGUACUGUUUGAGAUUCUGGUGAAAAUGAAAUCUGGUUCAUUGGGCAGAAUUACAAUCUUGUUUUGAAAAUGUCUCGUGUUGAAGCUAAAAAGCCUUCAUUGUAUAUUAGUGAACCUUUAUCUAAAGAUAUAGUUCAUCGGUCACUGUCUGUGCUAAGUGGUAUAUUGAAGUCUUGCUAUGGUCCUACUGGUAGGCUCAAACAGCUCCACAAUGGUGUGGGAGGCUACGUUUGUACAACUUCACAGUCUUCAGCUGUGCUCCGUUGUCUUUCCGUCAGUCAUCCAGUGUUAAAAGUUUUGACAGCCUCUGUACAGAAUCACGUGUCCCGCUUCAGUGACUGUGGUUUGUUCACUGCCAUUCUGUGCUGUAGCUUGAUUGAAAACUUGAAAAGCAUCAACAUUUUACCKUGUACUGUUAUUAAAAUAAGCAAACAUCUUUUGAGCUUAUGUAUUGACUACCUUCAAUCUGAGGCCUGUGCUUGUCGAGUACCUGUGGAUUUUAGCAAUCUUGAGACUCUCUUUUGUUUGGUACGUAGCGUAUUAGCAAGCAAACCUGCUUGCAUGCUUAGAAAAACGGAGGUUGACCAUCUCACUAGGCUGACUGUAAAGGCUUUUUUGCUUACUGUUCCAUGUCAUGUUGAAACUAAUGCUGUUUUAGGAAAGUGUGUAAUAGUGCCCAUGAAGGGUAGAAGAGUUGCAGAUUCUACAGUUUUUCCUGGACUAUUGUUGGAAACAACAGAAAAUCAAUUUCCAAAACCAUUAUCUGUCAAAAGAACCAGCUCAGACGUGAUCAAGGUAGCACUUUUUUGUGUAUCAAUGUCAGGAGACCUUUCUGAUCUUGAUGAAGGAGUUGUAAUAGUCCAUCAUGGAAUUUCUCUUGAGAUGUCAGAACUGGAUCAGCUACUUAAUGUAGGAAAGCAGCUGGUCAAUGACGGGAUUGGCCUUAUAGCCUGCCAGAAAGUUAUCCAUCCAUCCCUGAAACAAUAUCUGAAAGAGAAUCAUGUUGUCACUGUAGACAGAGUUGGGCUGCCUAUGAUGGAGCCCCUGAGUCAAAUGACAGGUGCGCUGCCUAUAGCCUCUAUACAUGAUUUCUCUCCCAGUUGUUAUGGCAGUUUGAAGGAUAUAUGCACUGUGAGUUUUGCCCCAAAACGUUUUGUGCAUUUAAUUCCUAAUGACACUCUUGUCUGCAGUUUGAUGCUGUGUAACAGAAAUGAAACCACAUGGGAUGAAUUGAAGCGUGCCUAUGAAACUGCAGAGCAUGUGUUACAGCUGACGCUCAAGGAACCUUUAGCACUGUUAGGAGGUGGCUGUACAGAAACUCACCUGGCUUCAUAUAUCAGGCACAAGAGUCACGAUCUGCCAGCUGGCAGUUUUAAAGCUAUAGAUUGUUCCGAGACGCAGUUCCAAUUGGUUGCUGACGCCUUUUGCCACUCGCUGGAGUCUGUUGCUUCUUCUCUGAAACAUGAUGACGGAGACGUUUUUACAGACAUGGUUUAUGGACACUGUUGGCUUGUUCCGUCAGGUUUUUCUUCUGUCUCUAAUUGGUCGGAUUUAGUUUCAAAAUGUGGUUGUGGAAUUAACAAUAACACUCAGAAUCUCAAUUGGAGGGUUUUGCAAAGCCAGUUUAGCGCUCCUGUUCUGCAGAGUUGUCCUAAAGAACCUCCGGUAAAAGCUGCUGACUUUCUUACCCUGGACUGUUUUGCUGCAAAAUGUAGUGGCUUACAAGUAGCUGUGGAGACGGCCAAUCUGAUUUUAGAUCUCUCAUGCAUAAUUGAAGACCAAAAUUAGUUCUGUUCUUAUGUGAAUUGUGUUGCACAGUAAGCUACUUUCUUGAAAGCAAGGUAAUGUAUUACAUGUUAAGAUACACUUAGGAGCAGUAAGAAUGUAGACAAUAGACAAAUUUUAAAUCAAACAUUGUUGGCUGUUAAUUACUUCUGUUUCUUAAUUCUGAUGCAUCUUGUAGGCUUUUCAAAUAUAUGUUUUUUUAUUAGGAAGUACUGGGUGAUUAGCUAAGUACACAGUGAAUUGUGGUAACACAUGACUUAAUAUUCCAAGUAGAAUAUUCAGACUGGUGAAUGACACUUCAAAAAUCAGUUUCUUGCAUGCUGGCAGGAUUAUGCAAGUGUUGAAUGCCUGUUAGCUUUGGUCCCUUCUGAGGAAUCUGAAAAAUAUUACUGUGAUGAGAAAACAUAUGUUAUAGAUUAGACUUCAUGUAGCUUCAACAAAAGCUUUAUGCAUUCAAACAGGCUGUUGCAGCAAGAUAUUUAUCACUGGUCAUUUAAUUUUCUAAGCAGAGUGAGUGAAGGCUACCUUAGCAAAUAUCUUGAGCCACUUCUCUUCAAAUUUUGUUCUGAAGAUCUUAUCAGUAUAUACAUUUCCUCUUUCUAAAUUGCUGCAAGAUUUUCCAGUCAUAUAGCUAACUUACUUAGCAAGAUACUGAAAUACAACCUCAAGAUCCCUAAGGUAACAGUUACUGGAAGACUUGAAAAGAAAUGGCAGACUAACUGGGAGGAGGACAGACUUUUGUGCAGGGGGGACCACAUGGCAGUUUGUAACUAAUGAUGUUUCUAUCAUAUUAAGCAAAGGUCUAAGUGAAGAAUGUUCCACUUUGCAUUCUGUUAACUCCUUGAUUGUGCAUAGCUUGUGGAACUUGCUUGCUUCUAAUGAAGUAAGACUUGAAGCUGCUGUGUCCUUUUUCAGYCUUUAAAUAAGGCUCUACAGUGUGUGAUUGAAACCUACCUUUUUUGUUUCAGCUUGUUUGCAAGAUGAAAAGGAAUCUUACAGUUUCUUGCUUAAAAUAUUUUUCUUUAGCUCUUUUCUCCUCCUUGUUUUCAAGCACAAAAGGUCAAGUUGUUGAUGCCCUUUCCCCAAAGCAGCUUACCGACUGGU